AUGCGCCCUCCCCUUUAAGGCCGAGCUCCUUGUAUAUGUCGAUGCAGCUCUACAGCCUGCUAAGGUCCAGCUAGCAUAAUCUAACUGGCCUGCAGUACUAUUUUUUUUCUUUCAAAUUUGUUUAUGUUUUAUUUUUAGGACGGACGAGAACCGUAAAAACACCGGAUGAUAACUUCAAAGACAUAGCUUGAACGGGAGACCGCCAGGGCAAAGAGAAGGGAUGGAUGUCCGAGGUCCUGGGUUUUAUCCAUCUUAGGACCAAUCACCAAAAGAUAUGUUUGAAUAAUUUAAUAAUAAUUGAUCUAAGAUCCAUGGCAAAGUGGCUGAAGGAUUACCUAAACUUUGGCAGCAGGCGUGAUCCUCCACAGCCUCCAAGGCCAGAUUACACUGAGAGUGAGAUUUUAAGAGCCUACAGAGCACAAAAGGAGCUGGACUUUGAGGAUCCAUACCAACACUCUGACAAGGAGCACCAGAAUGGUGGCUUUAGCUCUUGUAGUACGACAGUAAGCCUCCCAUCUUUAGCUGCGUUUGGUUCAGUGCUGCCCAACGGUGUGGAGGUAAAAGUUGUGUCACCAAAGCACAGACUAAUUAAAGUGGACUCUCAGGAGUUUGGGCGCUGUAAGAUUCCGCUCAGUCCGGUCACUGUUGAAGAAGAACCUGUAAUUCCCUCUGCCCCGGCCGCGUCGGACACUGAAACUGACUACUCUGAUCCCUUUGAUGCACGUCCCGACCCGAGAGCCAGACCAAACUGGGAGCCCAAACCUUCACCGACAGACUGCUGCAGCUACAUGGAGCCGUUUGAGGCCCAGCGUAUUAUUUCAGAACUGCAACGAAGCGUGAUGACCAACAGGUCUGUGAGCCAAGACGGCGGUCAGUUGUACGAUAACCCUUAUGAGGAGAGGAGCCGCCACCACCACCGAGCCGCUCCGUCGGCUCAGCAGCAAACGCAGAAGGCUGACGGAGGACUGAACGAAAGCAAAGACAGCCGACUCCCUCAGGAUGACGAGAGGCCGGCGGACGAAUACGAUCAGCCGUGGGAGUGGAAGAAGGACGACAUCUCUAAAGCUCUCGCAGUUCAGUUUGAAGGAGAGCGCUCAUGGUCUCAAACGGAACAGAGCAGGUUCAUCAAAACUGGCUCCACAUCAGCAGCAUCUGACUCAACGACACUGCGUCUGGUUGGUGACACCCCCCCUCUGCUGGGGGAGAGGGUUGAUCCAUGUCUGCCUCUGGAGAAACAAGUGUGGUACCAUGGAGCCCUGAGCCGCUCAGAGGCUGAAUCGCUGCUGACUCUGUGCAAAGAGAGUUCUUACCUGGUGAGGAACAGCCAGACCUGCAGGAACGACUUCUCGCUUUCUCUCAGGAGCUGUAAAGGCUUCAUGCACAUGAAGUUCACCCCAUCUGCAGACGGGCGUUACGUGUUGGGGGAGAACAGUCCCCCCUUCUCCACCAUUCCAGAGGUCAUCCACUACUACACCACGCACAAGCUGCCCAUCAGAGGAGCCGAACACAUGUCCCUGCUUUAUCCCGUCAUAGUACAGACACUCUGAGGCUGACGCCAAACCUACGGUCUCUCCUGGUGCUACUGAAAACUACUCAUGCCUGCCUGAUCCUUCAUGCUGUUCCUUUCCACUGUUAGGUGCCAAUUUCCCAUUUUGUUACAAACUCCAAAAAGAUCCGAUUCAAACAGAAGAGCUCUGUGUCUCACAAACUUGUCAAAUAAUAAUUUCACUGAAUUCUUAAUUUUCUGGAGUCCACGAGUAAUAAGUUUGUCAUCUGAGUACAAACAAUCAAACUUCAUUCCUGAAGUGUCUUUAGAAAGUAGAAUACGUACAUAAAUACAUUAUUGCAUGGUAUCUGUUUCUGUCAUGCAGGUGAUCAUGAGGUAAACAACAAAGCUUGUGCCAGAUAAACUUGUUUUCUCGUUAUUUUUGUGAUUUGCAGUAGACGUAGAUGAUUGAAAAUGCAGUUGAAAGCUUUCUGUAGCUGAGAACAAUACUGUUACCCUUUAAGUAUUUGUUAAUGAACCAAAUACGACAUUAACUGGCCGUGUUUCGGCAUUGGGGGACUUCUCUCUGUGUGUUUCCAGAGGCCUGUGAAUGUCUUAUCUGUUUACCUGCAGUGUUUAUCAUGUCAAGGUGUGAACUACAGAAAAUGUCAAAGAAAUACGACUUAAUAAGAUGCCUCUGCUAUAUUAGUUUAGAGAGUAAACUAACUGUGGCUUUGAUAGGUUGUUCACUGUUCUGUUUUAUACGAUUUGAAGUGUUGGCUCUAAAUAAAAGUGUCUGUUUUCAAAUGA